AGGUACUCGCGUCCUUUGCUACAGGGCCCAGACAGAAUAAUAGCAUUUUCUACGAAAUUCGCACAUAUGAUAUUAAGCCAUCGAAGAUGAAGGAGUUUGUGGAAAUGGUCAACAAGUACUUUCACCUUCGCACAGCUCACUCGGAGAUGGUGGGAUUCUGGUCUGCGGAGCUGGGAGCGAUGAAUAAGGUGGUCCACGUUUGGAAGUACGAUAAUUUUGCCCACAGAACAGCAGUCCGGCAUGCACUAGCCAAUGACAAAGACUGGCAGGGAAAAUUCAUCUCCCCAGCGCUCCCCUUGAUAGAAAAGCAGCGCAAUGAAGUUGCUUAUCUGGUACCCUGGUGUCAGCUUGGGAAGCCUCCAAAAGAAGGGGGAGUGUAUGAAUGGGUUACUUUCCAGAUGAAGCCUGGUGGGCCAGCAUUGUGGGGUGAAGCAUUUCAAGCUGCAAUCAAUGCUCACAUCAACACAGGCUACACCAAGCUGAUCGGUGUUUUCCACACAGAGUAUGGAUUACUUAACACAGUCCACGUGAUAUGGUGGAACGAGAGCCCAGAUCACCGGGCAGCAGGAAGGCAUAGUGCCCAUGAAGAUGCCAGAGUGGUAGCAGCUGUGCGGGACAGUGUCAGAUUCUUGGAGUCCCAGCAAAACAUGCUACUCAUUCCUCUGCAAUGCUCGCCGCUGAAGUGA